AUGAAGGGAGGAGAAGAAAAGAGGAAGAGAGAAGAAGACAGCCUGGAGAAGAACAUCAAGAAGAAGAGGAUUGGACCCAACGCCAGAGUGUUGGAGGAUGAGGAGCCAAGAGCAGGCCCCAGCACCGCUAUAACACCCAGAUCCGACCCCCAGCUUUCCAUCAGCGGGUUUGACUUCCAUCAGGUGCUGGGUGAGGGCGGCUUCGGCAAAGUGGUCUUGGCAUCUGUCCGUGGCCGAAACACCUUCAAGGCCAUAAAAAUCAUCAUCAAAGAGGACAAUGCAGAAGACCUACAGCGAGAGAGGCGGAUACUCCUGGCGGCCAGAGACUGUCCAUUCCUGUGUCAUCUCUAUGCCGCACUGCAGUCUCAGGGCCAUGCCUAUUUCAUCAUGGAGUAUUUGUCCGGCGGCAGCCUGAAGGAUCUGAUUGAUAACAACACGCUGAGCACCAAGAUCGUGCGGUUCUACACAGCAGAACUAAUCUGUGGCAUCCAGUUCCUCCACGGCCAUGGCAUCGCCCAUCGAGACAUCAAGCCAGCCAACAUCAUGCUGGAUACAGAUGGUCACAUUCGAAUCAUAGACCUGGGGCUGGCACAAGACGGCCUGACUGCGUCCAGUAAGAUCUGUGGACGGGCAGGAACAUACCGUUACAUGGCCCCAGAGUGGCCGCCAGAGGAAAAAGGUUUAUGAGUCAAUUACCACC